AUGUCUUGCUCUGCUCUUUCUCUUACACUAGGCAUCCUAAGUAGUUUGGUCUUUCCAGAUGUUAGUUCUGUCAAACUUCCGCUUGCUGGCAACAACAUCAACACAAUCACAAGAAGAAUAUUUUUAAAGAGCAAUGAUCUUCCCCGGAGUCUGGAAAUGGAAGACGCCGUGCUGAGCAUGGCUCCGACUAGCAGCGGCAGAAUAAACUCACCUACCAUCCUUCGCCUACACCCACUCUUGGCAAAACCAGCACAUGCUCAUGCGAACCUACCGCUCCGCUUUGGUCGUGACUCACACAUGCAACGUAUGCCCAAGUCCUCCAUCAAUCUACCGCAGAGGUUUGGCCGCUCAGGAAAUGCCAAGCCUACCUUUGGUCUGCAGUGUACAACGUGCCGCCGUAGUGAGAGUCCACCUUCGGCCACACUUCCACAGAGAUUUGGCAGGAGAAACUUUUCAUUCGGGGAUCGAGUUCACGCAGGAGCUGCGUUUGCUCGCACCAUUGAGAUGCCAUCAAUUAAAGACAGGUAA